UUUAAUAAUAUAGUGCAGAAAAUCUUGGCCUAAACAUGAUCUUUGUCGAUGAAUUGGGAGGUCGAAUUCAUGCAUGGCUUCCUGCACUACAAAUGCAACGCCUGGGAAGUCAUAUUAUUGAAGGAGAAACGUAUGAUGUGCAAAAUUUUGUUGUUCGGAACUAUACGGACAUCCAAAAUGGAAGAUGCUUCAGGAAGGUUUUCUAUAUCAGACUGAAUCAUAUGACUCAGGUUUUGCACACUGGAGCUGUGGAUUAUAUCCCGCAUAAUGUCUUCCAAUUCACAAAAUUGUCGGCUUUAAUGGCUGUGGUUGGCGAUGACCAAUUUCUCAUCGAUGUUGUUGGAAUACUGGUAGAGAUUCAGCCAAUCACUAGCUUCACAAACAAUAACAUGGAGCAAGAAUCAUGUAUUCAGUUUACAAUAACUGAUAUCGAGAAAUCUGCACAAGUGAUUUUCUAUAAGGAAAUGGCACAAUCAUUUAAUCAGGCCAUCCAUGAUGCCGUCCAGCAUCCAAUUAUAGUUAUAAUUUCCAGUUGUAAAGCUCAAAUGGUAACAGGUGAAGCAACCUUGACAAACUUUGAACCAACAAGGUUUUUCAUAAAUCACAACCACGAGGCAGUUGAAGAUCUAAGGGCCGCAAUAAGGUUUGCUGAAAGGCAUAAUAAUCCAUGAGAUUGAAAUUUUUUUUGCUAUUUUCGAAGGAUGAAUUCCUCAAGAAAACUGUUUCCUAUUGGAGCGAUGUCUAUUUGCUCUGCUAAACAUUUUCAUGUUUCAGUUUUUUUCAUAUAACCAAUGUAUUGUGAGUUUUUACUCCAAACAGUAUUUGUAAUCCCAGCUUCAGUAUUCUAAUGCAAACUGAACACAGACUGAGUUAGAAGGAAUUAUUACUCCUGUAAUUUGUUUGAUAAUUGUUGAAGCUUAUGCAGGAGCUAAUAACUUUGAAAAGAUUUUUUUGCAAGAACAGUAUGAAAUAUUGACAACUCAUUGGAAAGCAGUGGUGACAGAGAUAAAGCAAAAGCAAAAGCUGAAGCUGACUCUUCCUG